CCAGCCCCUCUUCCGCCCACGUGGUCUCCCGGGCUACCAUGGAGGAGGCGAGUCGCUCGAAUCUCCUCCUCGUCUCCCUCCCCCUCCUCAUCCUCUUCUUCAUCCUCGUCUCGAGGAGGAUCAUGAGGGAGACGUCUCCUGCUGCUGCUGCUCGGCUCCCCGUGAGCCUCCUGGUGGUGGCGGGGUCCGGGGGCCACACGACGGAGAUGCUUCGCGCCCUCUCUGCGCUCCCCGCGCCCCGCUACUCCCCGCGUCUUUAUCUCAUGGGGGGCUCCGACCCCCUGAGUCGCGCCAAGAUUUUGGCCCACGAGGAGACGUGGGGAGCUCGGGGGGGGGAGGUGCGGGUAGAGGAGGUGCUGCGCUGCCGUGAGGUGGCAGAGCCGCUGGGCCGCUCACUACUCAAGGCGGCGGUGGCCACGGUGCAAGCAUUGUGGAUUCUGCUCACCGUGUCACAACCCCCUCAGCUGGUUCUGUGCAAUGGUCCAGGCACCUGUCUACCCAUUCUGCUUGCAGCCUGGAUCUUCAGCCUCAUCCGCCUUCCACUCCAUCUCCUCUAUGGACCUCCUCCUCCUGGUGGCGAUGGUGGUAGUAGUGCCACGCGCUGGCGCCCCCGCCUGGUAUUCCUGGAGAGCGUGUGCCGGGUGCACUCACUCUCCCUCUCCGCGCGACUCUCGCGCCGUCUCGUCGACCACCUCGUCGUUCAGUGGCCUCAGAUACAGCAGCAGCAAGGUGGUGGGUGGAGGUGGGCCGCUAAAACAACAUACCUGGGGAGGGUGGUGUGAGAUGAGGUCAGGAGACACUCGCCUCGUCACUCACUUGAAGAAUCACCUCAUCAGACACUCAACUUGGUCAUGCAGUGGCCAGUUACAUCAGUGAGGUGGAGUUGGUGGAGGUCGGUGGCUAAAACAACAUACCUGAGUAGGAUAGUAUGAGACGAAGCGAGGACUCACCUCUUCGCAGACUACAAAGACCUCAACUUCAUCAGACAAGAGGGUGGGGGUGGUGGAUGAUUGCGCCUGCUGUAUGUUGAACUUCUUUUGCACUGUACGUGUAUCUAUUGCCUAGCGGCACCCCCAGUGGCAGUUGUCCGUGUGUGGGUCUAGUCCAGGGGCACCCUCAGUGGCAGAUGUCCGUGUGUGGGUCGAGCGCAGGGGCACCCUCAGUGGCAGAUGUGCGUGGGUCGAGUCCAGAUACGCACAGCUGCCACUGGGGAUGGCCUGAGGCUAGACCCACACACGGACAGCUUCCACCAACUCAAGCAUCUGGGUAAACUCUGGUGACCUAACACUAACUUGUGUACAGGAUGUUUGACAAAUUAAUAAAAUUAUAUUUUGACUCAUU